AUGGCCAGCGAUUUGAUCGACUGGAUAAGUCGACAAGCUCAAAUCGGUGGCGAUGCUCGUCAGGGCUUGGUCCGAGCAGCUCGAAGGAACCGAUGGGAAAUGCAAAUGUUUGCUAUUCGGAACCUUGAACAAGAAGUAUCUGACAUUGAAAGUGUGGUUCAUGGGCUCCCUUAUGUACCGGCCCAAUCGGCUGACAUAUACCGCCGAGACGCGGCUUUGCCGCAUUUCCAUGUGGCAGCCACAGCAGGUGCGGGAGGCAUUGCUUUGCCCUUCGCCGUUGGCAUUGUGCACCCACUGGACACGGUUCGGACCACCAUGCAAGCUGCUGCCUCUAGCGGAGGUUUCUCUCACUCGCUGCACAGUCUCGGGUGGCGUGGCCUAACUCGCGGUUUCCUUCUCAGCCUUGCCUGGGCAUGUCCACAAGGCGCCAUACGCAUGGCCAGCUACGAAGCCUGCAAGGAGACACUGUUGGACAAGUUUUAUUUCAGACCGUUUGGGAUAGCGGUCUCUGCUGUAGCGGCCGACUUUGCAAGCAGUGUGGUCAAAGUGCCUCGGGAACUGAUAACGCAACGAAUGCAAACAGGUCAGUACAAGUCCAGCUGGAAAGCAGUGCACAGUAUCUUCCGGGAGGAUGGCCUCACAGGAUUUUUUCGGGGGUAUGCUUCUACUGCCUCGCGUGACACUCCUUUUAUGCUGCUUCUCUUCCUUUCCUACGAGCAGUUCAAGUCCUGGAAGAUUCGCUUGACCUUCUCGCAGCAGGGCCCAGCUGAGAUUUUCGCUCCGUGGUCAGAUGCAGAGACCGUGCUUUGGGGGGGCGUCUCUGGUACUUUGGCAGCUUGGUUGACGACUCCCUUCGACGUCAUCAAGACGCGGAUCAUGACUUCUAAGACUUCCCUCUCCUUCCAGGAGGCCGUGAAAGGCACAAACGGGCUCGCCGGGCACUUUCGCGGAGCCGCUCCGCGGAGUGCUUGGUGGUUCUGUGUCAGCUCCGUGUUCUUUGCAAGCUACGAGCGGCUUCGGGCUGUUCUCCAGCAGCACGUGGACAGUACCCUGGACACAGGCGGUCCCAAAAAGGUUUUUUCUGAGAUCAUCUGCGGUGAGCCGCAGCUGAAUGCAGACAUGAUCGAGAACUGCAGCCCCAACGAGAUAGCGGUGCUGAGCCGCGCCUGGCGUCUCGACUUCGGGGUACCAUCGCCACGACGACUGGCGCGAAGGUCGGAGAAUCGAGAGCACCUACAGGAGAGACAGCACUACGUUGGUGGCCGUGAACACAUGUACAUGUUAGACGGCUACGUUGCGGCUGUAGACGAGGAGUUUGAGGCCGCUGGUUGGUCAGACGGCUGGAAAAGUCCAGAUCAGCUGCGGGACGUUGUGAAACCGGAAGGUUUGGAGUCUGGUUUCGAUUUGAAGGACCUGAGCAGAUCAGUGAUGGGAGGUAUGCUCGGCCUGAACAAGCACAAGCCAGAUGAGGGCUUCAUGCGUGCUGCGAUGGCUGCAAGUGAGUACCCGAAGUAUUUUCAGCACACCAACGGCCACAAAAUCGGCGGCACACACCGCCGUGCGCGCUUGCCAAUGACGGAAGCGCAGACAAUUGCUUUUUCCAGGAGCGACAGGGUGCCAUGUGUUCCGCAGUUCUUGGAAGAGAGAUACGCUACGCUGAAGCAGCUGCUCGCGCAGACGCAGCUGGUAGCCUCGGUUGAAGAUCCGUACAGGUUCGGAGAGCUGGUUCGCGCCGAGGAGCUUUCAAACUUCCUCAAUCGUGGCGACAAUUCCGUUAUAUCAACGGAGGAGGUCUCAAAGCUGGGAGAGGCUCUGGCAGCAACGCUCAAUGCAGGACGAGGAGCCCGUACUGACUACACCGCGCCGCUGAAGCACUCGGAGGAGAAGGUGUCGUUUGCGCUCUCGGAUGGCAUCGGAAUGACUCAGCAGGCCAUGAACGACGUGGCAGCGUGGCCGGACGACCACCGCUAUCAUCGGCAAGAGCAGAGGCCGGUGGUGGUUCGAAGCGACUGGAGUGAGAAGGCUGCAAACAGCCCCUAUGGUCGACAAGGAUACGGUGGCGGAGAGGUCCCUCGAUCUGCCGAAAAAGCCAUGCCGGACGAAGGAACAACAGCCGCGAAAGGACAGUGGCAGGGCUGCAACUGUGACUGCGACACUGUGGUCGUUCCAGAGGAGCUGCGGUUCAAGGCGGCCAAGCAAGACGAGAUCAUCACUAGUCCCAUCGAUUUCUGGGCUCGUGUCUCAGACUGCUGGACCCCCCUCAGCGGUACCUUCACUGACGAUGCACGCAUCCGGAAGUUCCGAAGCAUGCUCUUCCCCAUAAUGCAAGCAACAGCUUUGUACAUCUCAGUGUGGCAGGAGGCCUCCUCCGCCAGCGCUAUUUCGGUGGCUUUGGAUGGGUCUGCUGUUUUCGUGGUGGAUAGCGGUGGCCUGAGACGCUUCGACCUGCCAGACCUGCGGCUCACAGCCUCUGCGGCCUACACAGGCGAUGCAGCCGGUUACGCCGAUGUUGCGGCAGGCAUGGACUUCGUUGUGUGUGCUGACGUGGACGGGAACCUCUUUCGCCAUGACGCAGUAACGUGUGAGCUACAGCUGCAGCGCACUUAUCAGCCGUCUGUCGUUGAGCACUCCAAGCGCCUGGUGGCGUCUCACCUGGAUCGUUUGAGCAACGCUGUGACCGGCCUCGAGGGAGGGUUCGGCGGGGCUUCCCGGCUGGCCAUUGGAGCAGAUGCCGUGUAUUUAGGAGGCCGAGAUGGUGUGGUGACGGCCUAUGUGCCAGGUUCGCUCACACUCCGAGCCCGCUGUCGGCUUCUGGAGCCGAUCGUUCUGCUUGCGCUCCAGCAAUCCUACACACCUCCGAUGUGCGCCGUGAGGUGCCUUUCGCCUUACAAGCGACUUUACUGUGCUGUCCAAUCCUCCGUGCACGUGCUAACGACUCCGGGCAUGAGCCAGGUAGCUCUCCUGCGGGGUGGCCCUCGGGUUCCUGUGUUCGGAAGCGUAAGUGCAGUCGCCGAGAGCCGCUCAGGGGAUUACGUCUUUGUGGCCGACGUGGGUGGGCCGUCUAUCCACGUCUGGGGUACCCGCUCCUUCCGAUGGAUAGCCCGUGUGGAGCUGCAACCAGGCUACAGGAGGAAUUGCGUGAGGAGUGGCAGCAGUCCAUCUGGCACGUUUCCCUCCGCAGAUCAUCAUCUGCUGGAAGCUGCGCAAGAGUUGCAGGACAUGCAAGCGAACAGUGGAAAUGUGCUGAAGCUUGAACAGGACACGGCAGUGCGUGCCUUCUGCGACCUCCUGGAAUUGGAACUGACAAAGGUUCACGCUUUCGUGCAGAGGCAGCAGGAUGACAUUUGCAAGGUGGUCUGUGACGGUGUUGACAUUUUACCGACCAAUGCUCGGCAGAAUGCGCUUGUCAGUGUGAACAUGGCUGAGACCAUGGUGGCUUCUAUCCAGAACUUCAAGAGCUACGUUGAGCUAAACCGGACCGCGGUGAGGAAGAUCAUCAAGAAAUUCGACAAGCGCUUUCAUGUCCGCUUUCACGAGGUCAUCAGCAUCCCAGAUUCUCCGAACCUCAUGAUAGAUGCGAGUGCCAUUGGCACUUGGCUGCUUGCUCCGGCUCUGCAGUGUCUGAGGCUGAUCAAGACCUUGCCGGGAGGCCCGCAGCCCGGCGGCUUCGUGGAGCGUCCGCUUCGGCAAUUCAGUUUCUGGGCAGAGGAGCUUCGAGCUGGAGCUGCCAUAGCGAGGUGCCAGAUUGCCGGUGGACCCUGUGCGACUCCGACAGACCUGCGACUCCAGUUGAUCUGUGGCCAGGACCUGCAAUGCCGGGUCAGGAAUACCUUUAUUCAUGUCUCGUCGAACAAGGGUGGCAGCCGUUUACGCUCUCACUCUCUUCCCUCUCGGCUGGCUCAGCGGGAAGAGGAGAUGCAUGAAGCACUUCCCCUACCACCAGAACUGCCAGUCAUCACGCUAGAGCAUGCCAUGUGCGACAGAUUCGAACUCCAGCCGAUUCCGCGUCAGCUCCCAGCAAAGUGUGCACUUGACUACGAGGAGCAGGAGAUGGAGGCAGAUGAAAAUCAGCGGUGGGAGUAUUCAACAGGCACAUACUACCAGCACAGUUUCUAUCAAGGUGCCGAUUUCGCAGUGGUACCUGACUGCAAGGCAGCUGCGACGAUACUCUCUUCGCCGUCGACGAUGUCAGAGGUCAUGAUUACGACGAAGGACUCCUCGUCAACAUUGGAUCAUAGCCCCAAGGGCAAAGGUUCUUUGUCUAAGGUGGAAGCAUCUCACCGUGACGCUGCAGCGUUUAAGCUCGAGCUAAGAUGGAACGAUCAGCUCUGUAUGCACUUGCUAGAUGCAGCUCAGCCGAGCCACUGCUUCGGUUUUCCCUGCAUCUGGGCCACACGCGACAAGGAGGUAACAGCUGUUCUGCUGGCGCCGCUCGGCAUUCGGGCAGGCAGAGCGCGGCAGCGAACUUUGAGAAAGGCCUCGUCUAAGCACCCCGGACACCUCGGCCCAUCGGAGCGAUCGCGGCCAGUUCUCUGGAGCACCGCCCUUGAAGGAACCUGGAAGGAGGUGCUGGAAGGGUGCUCGCGGGCUCCUUCUGGUUGCUUUGAGGCCGGCAUUGCCUUCCUUGGGAUCGAACUGCUGAACCAGGCCGGUGGCCUUGCUGAGGCAACUGCGGCCCUCUCCGGAAAGCUCGGAAUUCCUCUCAUUGUGUGUCUGGUCGACGGGGUCAUCGGGUGCAGCCGGGAGCGGCAGUCGUCUUGGUUCGGGCGAAUCAUGGCACGCCUCAGACGGAUCUGGGGAAGCUUGAGUCCCCCAAAGCCAAUCGAACUGGAGAAGGGGAAUGCCCUGUCACUGGCACUCUUCCAACAUUGUGGUGCCUUGCCAAUGGUUAUAGGUGCAGACAAGGAUCUCGGGUUCGAGGAGCUGGGCGAAGUGACGGCAGCCGUCAUCCUGGCAGACAGUUUGGAGGCAUCGGAAGCAGCUGCCAGCCGUAUUUGCUCUAUGUACCCGGACGCGACCACGGUCGGCACCGUUGCAGCUCCGCUCAGUGAGUCACCAUCGCUUUGUGCUGCUGGCACCCAGCGUGGUUGGCCAGCCGGGCCUUGUGGCUCGGUCAAGCUCUGGGGCUCUGGGGCGCUAGCACUUCUUUUGCGUGGCCCUCGCCUACAGGCGGUAUGUUGCAACGGUAUGCGUAGCUUGGGCCCGUGGCUUGAGAUUUCUCGACAACGGACGGAGAAUGUAAUCGAGAUCUGGCUUAGUUGGCACUGUCAUGGCUUCAUGAUGAGAUCUUGUCAUGGUUCUGGCGGUGGUUGCAUCUUGUCUCAGGAGCGGUUGGAUGGUGUGCCGGCAUGGGCCAAGCUGCGAGAGGCGGAUCAGAGUGAGAUUCGUAGCACCUCGCUGAGCAACCUGAGCUCAGUGGCGAUGUGA